AUGAUACCCAUCACCAUCAUCACAGGCUUCCUAGGCUCAGGAAAAACCACUCUCAUUCUAAACCUCAUCCCCCAACUCCCUAAAACCUACAAACUCGCGCUCCUCAAAAACGAGUACGGAGACGUAAAAGUCGACACUGCCCUCGCCUCCUCGGCAGCGAUCUCGGGCGUCCAAGAACUUCUCAAUGGCUGCAUAUGCUGUAACCUUGUCGGGCAACUAUCCGACGCCCUCGAAACACUCGCAAAUGAUAUAACACCCGACCGCAUCGUCAUUGAAACCUCUGGCUCCGCCUUCCCCGCCACCCUCGCCAUGGAGGUAAAUCGGCUGUCGCGCGAGACAGGCAGAUACGUCCUCGACGGUGUCAUGAGCGUGAUUGAUGUGGAGAACUGGAAGGGUUACGAGGACACGAGUUACACGGCUAAGAUGCAGGCCCGCUACACGGAUCUUAUUGUGCUGAAUAAACACGAGCUGGUCAGUGAGCGGCGGCUGGAAGAUGUCGAGGAUGCUAUCUUAGCGCUAGAAGUAGAGCCACAGAUACCACGCACGAAGAGCAGCAAGGGCUGGGUGGAUAAAGAUAUCGUGUUUGGGCUAGAUGCUAGACUUGCGGGUGUGACAGAGGAGAACAAAGAAGCAGAUGGACAUGAUCAUGCGCACUCCAGUGAGGUGGAAGUCCUUAGUCUGACGCUCAAGAGUGAAGACCUGGCAGCAAGUGUAGACACGGAGAAGUUGGCGACGUUGCUGCAGGACCCUACAAAAGAUGAAGUGUAUAGGAUAAAAGGCAUCUUGUAUGCAUCUAAGCCCCCCAAAUCUUCGGAUACCACACCUCUCUCCACACAGCAAAACCCAGAAGGAAGGGCAAGAUAUAUCUUGAACUGGUCGUUUGGCCGCUGGACGUUUACACAUGUACCAUUACCGUCGGAACAGGGGUACAACGAGGUAGAGCCGGUCUUGAGACUCACGAUAAUAACGGCGAGAUACGAGUCUACAAAGUGGAAGAAGCAAAUCGAGUCGAGCGGGCUUGUGGCAUUGGAAGGCGAUGUGCAGGGCAUGCUGACCGUGGAGAAGUUAUCAUGA